CUGGCGUCCCAAGCCAACUUCUAAGCAACACACCACUCGGCUGGCCCCCAGCUAGGUGUUUUUUACAGCGCCUCUUAAUUUGGGCUUGUCUGCCAGACGUCUGUGAGUUACACUUUUUUUGUUGGUUAUCAGUAAGUAUUUCGUAGGAAAGUGCUUGGAAAUCAUGAAAAUAUCCCAUUUCUCAUCAAACUUACAAUCUAUUUAAGUAAAUCACCAGGGGCUUAAGUUUAUAUUACCAAACCACCCCAAAACUUUGUGGAAUGAAACGUUUUGUAGAAGAAGAUCAAGGAUUCUUUGGGUGAGGAGUUCAGGCGGGAGUUCAGAUGGGUGACGGGGCAGCAGGGGGCUCUGGAGAUCUUCCCUCACACAUCUGACUGAUGGGCACCCGUGCGUGUGGUCUCCACUGGACUAGCUGGAGCUUCCUCAGCAUGGUGUCGGGACUCCCGAGAGCGGGCAGAAGUGUGGUGAUGUGAUGGUUUAGCCUUGGAAGUCACAUGGCAUUUCUUCUGCCACACUUGACUGGGCGAGGCAGCCACAGCUCUGCCCCGGUUCAAGGGGUGGGAGCCUAGAUGCCCUCACUUUCUGGGAGGAGUGUCCAAGUCAUAUUUUAAGAAGAGCGCGUGGGAUGGGAGAUAUUGUUGCACUUCUUUGGAAAAUUCAGUGCCACAGCUUAUAAUCCGUUACUGUCAUUAUUUGAUGCCCAAAUUGUCCCAUAUUUGGCUUGUGGGAACUUCUUCAAGUUGGCUUCUUUGGAAUCUUUUUGACAUAUACUCAACCAUUCUUUGACUAACUUCCUUAUUUUCUGGCACAAGGUAUUCUAGGAUUCUAGCACAAGGUAUUCUAGCUUGUCUUUUUCAUGCUCCAGCCCUAGAGUCAGCCAUCUUUCCAAGGAGCCAUGGCUUCUUUUAAUGCAGAGUGGUAUUUAGAAAGGGAGGUUUGGGCCCUAGUGUGUUCACUGCUCCCGGACGCUGUAAAUGCUUUGAGGCUCCUUCAGUGGACAGAGCUAUGGAAUACACAUGAUUACAACUUUAUUUUUCAUUUAUGCAUAUAUUAAAAGCAAAAAGGUCACACCUGUACCUUCUUUUCCAGUCAGGUAUCACAGGGUUUAUUUGAAUUUUACGCCUUCCAGAUAUUUUCGAAACAGCUUUUUGAGAUGUAAUGUAUAUACUAUACAAUUCACCUAUUAAAAGUGUAUACAGUUCAGUGGCUUUUAGUAUAUUCACAGAGCUGUGCCACCAUCACCAUAGUCAGCUUUAAACAUUGCCUUUAUUCCAAAAAGAAACCAUGUCCCCUUAGCCAGCACCGUCCAGCUCUCCUCAGCCCCAGGCAACCAGGACUCCUCUCUGCCUUCGUGUAUCUGUCUGUUCUGGACACUUCACGAAAAUUUCAAAAAUGUUUCAAAUUCCUGUGGAGAACCUUGACAACAUCAGGAAGGUACGAAAAAAGGUGAAAGACAUUCUUGUGGAUAUUGGGCUUGACAGCUGCAAGGAGUUGCUGAAGGACCUUAAAGGCUUUGAUCCAGGAGAGAAGUACUUUCAUAACACAUCGUGGGGAGAUAUUGCUCUCUGGGAAUCUUCUGGAAAGAAAGUGAGAUACCGAACGAAGCCAUACUGUUGUGGCCUCUGUAAGUACUCCACCAAAGUGCUGACGUCGUUCAAAAACCACCUGCAUCGUUACCAUGAAGAAGAGGCUGACCAGGAGCUGCUGAUCCCAUGCCCAAGCUGUGUCUUUUCCUCUCAGCCCAAGGUUGUGGGCAGGCACUUCAGAAUGUUCCACGCGCCUGUGCGGAGGGUCCAGAGCUACACAGUGAGCAUCCUAGGCGAGACCCGCUCGUCCCGGGGCGACGUGACCAGCUUCACGUGCCUGAAGUGCAACUUCUCCAACACCCUGUACUACAGCAUGAAGAAGCACGUGCUGGUCGCCCACUUUCACCACCUCAUCAGCUCCUACUUCGGCCUGCGGACCGAGGCUUUGGCUGAGCCCCCGAAAGCUGACGGCAACUUUUCUGCCAAGAAGACACCGCCCCCUGAUAGGUAUUACUGCAAGAAGUGCGAGGCCAGCGCCAGCAGCCAGGAUGCGCUGAUGUACCACCUCCUCACGUCGGACGUGCACAGGGAUUUGGAGAACAAGCUGAGGUCUGUGAUUUCGGAGCACGUUAAGAAGACUGGGCUUUGGAAGCAGCUGCACAUCGCCCCCAAACCAGCGGUGCCCGCACCACCCAACGGCAGUGCCCCGGGCGUCCCGGCCACUUCCCCUUGCUUUCAUCUUGCCUUGCCGCAGAGCGGUCCAAGCCAGGUGGCCGCUCCACCAGUCCAGGGCGCCGUCCAGCCCGUGACGGUGGCCCCCGGCGCUUCUGGAAGCCUCGCCCACUCCCCGUCUGCUGUGGCCCAGCCCCGCAUGACUCUUGUCUCCAGCCCCCUGGCCGUGGGCCAGGGUGGCCUCACUCUGCCGCCCACAGCGCCUCCGCCGGUCUUUCUUUCUCAUGGAGUCCCACUGAAUCAGUCAGCAAAGCCUCCUGUGUUGCCCCUGACGCAGCCAGUCAGGCCUGUCACAAAGCCUGUUGGAACCAGUGUCCUCCCCAUGAACCCGACCAUCCGCCCGGGGGCUCUGCCCCUCAGCCAGCCAGUUGGGCCCAUAAACAGACCUGUUGGGCCUGGAGUUCUCUCAGUGAACAGACCUGUUGGGUCUGCUGUCCUUCCUGUCAGUCCCUCUGUCACCCCUGGGGUUCUUCAGGCAGUCUCGCCAGGGGUCAUUUCUGUGAGUCGGACAGUGUCGUCGGGUGUUCUUCCUGCCGGCCAGAUGACCCCUGCUGGGGUGAUCCCUUCUGGACAGACAGCAACUUCCGGAGUUCUCCCUGCUGGCCAGAUGGUGCAGUCAGGGGUUCUCCCCAUUGGCCAGACGGCCCCAUCUGGAGUUCUGCCUCCCGGGCUGACGGUGCCAUCACGGGUUCUCCCUCCGGGCCAGACGGUCCCUCUGAGGGUUCUCCCUGCAGGCCAGGUGGUCCCGCCUGGGCUGCUGUCGCCCAACCAGACGGUCUCGUCAGGCAUUCUCCCUGUGAACCAGGGUGUGAGCUCCGGUGUCGUUCAGCUUGGCCAGCCUGUCAUGUCAGGAGUCCUUCCUGUGAGCCAGCCAGUGCGGCCUGGGGUCCUGCAGCUCCACCAGUCUGUGAAUCCCAGCAUCCUGCCCGCAAACCAGCCGGGGAGACCUGGCGCCUCCCAGAACACGACUUUCCUGACGUCAGGCUCCAUUCUGAGACAGCUGAUCCCAACAGGGAAACAAGUGAACGGCAUCCCCACAUACACGCUUGCCCCAGUGUCUGUCACUCUGCCCAUGCCAGCUGCGGGUGUGGCCACCGUCGCCCCCCCGCAGGUGCCCAUUCAGCUCCUGCCGUCGGGAGCAGCCGCUCAGGUGGCUGGUUCUGUGGCCAGUGCGGCCUCGUCCCCAGUGCUGGUGGGUGCUGCCCAGAGCUCGCUCGUUCCAGCCGCCGCCUCGGUGGCAGAGGCGGGCCAGGCGCUGCGACAGGCCAAGCAGUGGAAGACGUGCCCGGUAUGCAACGAGCUCUUCCCCUCCAACGUGUACCAGGUGCACAUGGAGGUGGCACACAAGCACAGCGAGGCCCGGCCCGCCGAGAAGCCGGAGCCCGCGCGGCUGGUCGCGUGCGCACCCUUCCUCAAGUGGGUGAGGGACAAGGCAGUGCGCUGUCUGUCCUGCAAGUGCCCGGUGUCGGAGUCCCAGCUUAUGCAGCACAUGCUCAUGCACGGCCUGGGCUGCCUGCUCUGCCCGAGCACCUUCCACGACCUCCGGGGCCUGUGUGAGCACAGCAGGACCGUGCACCUGGGGAGGAGGAAGGUGCCCACGGAGUACAGCGACCGCGGCUUCCAGCUGGACGUCGACGCCAAUGGCAACCUGCUGUUUCCCCACCUGGACUUCGUCACCAUGCUGCCCAGGGAGGAGCUCGGGGAGCGGGAGGUCCACCUGGCCGUGCUGGCGGGCAUCCACCCCAAGUCGCUGGGGCCUGUGUACAUCCGGGUGAGGCCCCAGCCCGAGGGUGUGCCCGGGAGCCCCGGCCAGCGGGCGCUGACCUGCCCCUUCUGCUUUGGCACUUUCGGGAUGCCCGAGGCCUACGAGCUGCACCUGAAGGACAGGCACCACAUCACGCCCACCGUGCACACGAUUUUGAAGUCUCCGGCGUUCAAGUGCAUCCACUGCUGCGGGGUCUACACCGGCAACAUGACCCUGGCCGCCAUCGCCAUCCACCUGCUGCGCUGCAGGAGUGCCCCCAAGGACAGCAGCCCGGACCUGCAUGCGCAGCCGAGUUUCAUCGAGAACAGCGACCUGCUUGUGGUCAAUGGCGAGGUCACACACGACUCCAGCUUCUCUGGGAAGAGGAAGCUGCCUGAUGGCCACGCGGGGGCAGAAGACCAGCAGGCUGGGGAGGAACGGCCUCUUGUCAUAAGCACCGACGCGGACCCUGCUCCGGAGAAGGCGACCAGUGUCCUGCCCUUCAAAAGACAAAGGAACGAAAGCAGGACGGAAGGGCCACUGGCCGUCAACGAUGACGCGCUUCAGCUCUUAGCGUUAAACCCAAAAAAAUACGAAGACCGUUCUUACGAAGAAAAGAAGCAGUUUCUCAGAGAUUACUUCCACAAGAGACCAUAUCCUAGUAAAAAGGAAAUAGAGCUGUUAUCCUCACUGUUGUGGGUGUGGAAAAUUGACGUGGCUUCAUUUUUUGGAAAAAGGAGAUAUAUUUGCAUGAAAGCAAUAAAAAAUCACAAGCCUUCUGUACUUCUAGGCUUUGAUAUGUCUGAACUUAAAAAUGUUAAACACAGAUUGAACUUUGAUUACGAACCACAAAACUCGUAAAAAGUUUAUGAAAUUAGUAGUUUUUUCAAUUGAGAUUUUAAAAAUGUUAAUUUCCUCACUGUAUGUUGAACUAAUCAAUUUCAGUGGUCUAUGCUGCUCCUUAGAUGUAUUUCAGGUGCUCGGCAGGACUUCCGUGUGAAGAAGUGAUAGUUCUUUUUCAAAGUCAUCGUUUCUUGCGGUUUGAUUUUGCCAUAAUUAAUUUUAGUUGUUUCCUUGGCCAGGUAAAUCAAAUCUUUUGAUGUUUCAUGCACGUCUUGUUUUCCCAGUAGUGUCAGUAUCAUACGAUAAAAACUGAAAUCUACAUAUAGUUUUUUUUUUUUUCAUUUAAGGAAAUCUCAGCUUGUUUCAGAAUACUUAAUGAACUACAAAUGUGAGCUGAGAUCUCCCUUCCCUCUGCUUCCCAUGUAGCUGCAAAUGAUACAGUAAAUGUUUAGAGAAGCGAGUGUGCACCUCAGUAACUUACGCUGCUUUCUUUGUAAGAUAUUUGCUUCUUGGAUUCUGAUUUUCAUUUUCCUUUUUUUCAGGUUUGAUCUAACAGCUGUUUUUGAUUAUCACUCAUAGAAAACCAAAUGUUUUCAUGUGUUAAAAAAUACACUGAACCUGAAGUCCAGUAUUUAGCUCUAAGUCAAGAGUUGUUUUACAAAUAAAGUAAUUCAGUAUAGACUUUUCAGUGUAGACUUUCCCUUCUUUUUGAUAUGGUGAUAAGUCAUUUCUCCGUUCAGAGGUAAGACAGUAAAUCUUUAGUGCCUUUAGAAUAAACACACACACACACACAGCCACACCCUCUCCUCCUGACCUAACUGUUCAUAACCAGUGAAAGGGAAGAACUGUGUGACUCAGGAAUGAAAUUUUUACCCCUGAGUGUGGGUGCUGAAAUGUAAGUGUAGGUUUUUCAGGGGCAAGAGGAAGUCUCCAUGGUUGGUCUGUUAAUUUUUGACGGUUUCCUAGAAGUCAGCGUGUUCGUAUGGGGAAAUGGGCAUCCACACAGCCCUGUGUCCGGCCGAUGGACUCCACUGUGUUAGCGUCCUUUGAACCGUUACACCUCGUGUUUCUGUUACUUUUUUUGUGUAGUAACACAAUAUAAAAGAACUGAAAGCACUAGAACCAGCGAUGGAGACCAGCCAGCUCAGACCUUAUGUCAUUGCUGGGCGACACAGAGGCACCUGGGCGAUGCCUUCAGAAGGUGUGAUGUCUCUGGGAAAUGAAAUGACGCUACUCUAUGGGUUUAAAAUACACUUGCAUGUGAUUGCUACAAUGUGCAUUUUCGAAGCAAUUGUGAACCUGGUCUGUGAUUGUCGGUGUACUCUGUUGUAAAUUCAAAAAGAGCUUGUUGAAGUUUUUUUUUUUUUUACCUAUUGUUUUCAGAGUGUCUAUUUUGAAUUAAAAUUUGUUACACCAC